AUGAUCACUCAGGUGUACCUAUACUUUGCUGCAUACAAGCAAGACAAGCUUGUCGUCAAGCUAUUCAUCCUCUUACUGUUUCUCUGCGAUAUCUUAAACACCGUUUUCGACUUUGUGUAUCUCUAUGAUUGUUUUGUCCUGCAUUUUUCAGAAGUCGCAUACUUGACGAAGGUAACUUGGGUAUUUUCUACAGAUCCUCCCAUGACGGGUAUUAUUGCCGGUCUUGUUCAACUAUUCUUUGCGUGGAGGAUUCUAGUCUUGACUUCCAAUGUUUACCUAUGCGGUAUUGUUGUGCUUCUUGCUCUUCUUGGAAUUGCCGGUGGAUUAGCUACUGCUGCAGAAUGCGGUAUCAUAUCUCAAUCCGUACAGUUUCAGAGGUAUCGAGACGUUGUCACCAUUUGGCUAGGGUCCGCACGCUCGUGCGAUGUUGUUAUCACAUUUCUUCUUGGUAAGCAUCCUCUACUUGCGCGCGAGUCAAUAUCGACACUGGUGAUGGAUAGAGAAGACAAAAAACUGGAUUCAAGCAUUCAGAUAACGUGGUUGACAGGAUCAUUCGGACCGACAGGAAUUCACCUCAUCUUUAACAUGCCUCUUUCCAAGGUUUACACAAACUCGCUCAUGAGCAGUCUCAGCUCGCGCCAGGAAUCAACAACAUCAGCACCGAAUCUACUCUCCUCCGCCAAUACAACUGCAUACAAACAUACUCAAUAUUCCUUUGCCCGGCCCUCACAAGAAGAAGAACACAAUACAAGUGCUCUCAAUUCCCAGGCCAGGCCCCAAUUCCCGCAGGGUGUAAGCUCGACACUUCUCAUUGGGCGCGUUGCAGCAGGACACGCGCGACUGGAGGACUCUUGGCGUGAUGUCGUCGCUCAUUUUGGAACGCAAUCGCGUAAUCGCGAACAGAUCAACUCCCAGGACGAUGCUACGCAGAGUGUCAUGACCGAAAGUGACCUAGAAGUUUCGCCAGAGAGAAUAACCUCGAGGGUGUCUGAAUAG